AGUUGAGACGUCAACAUAACUAUUCUGCAAUGACGAAGAGUAAAGGGAGUGGGAGUGCGGAGGUGGUAAGACUGAAGGCUCAUAUUGACGUCCUACGCCGAGGUAAAAAUGGGGCCAGUACUUCUGCUCUGGUGGUGAAGCCAACCCCUAAGGAUGAAGUUGCUCGCGUUCGACGAGAACAAGCGGAAGCAAAGGCCGCUAUGGAGAAGAGGUUUGCCUCUAUGGAGAAGGUGAUUUUUGCUCUGCAGAAGCAAUGUGAAAUUGUCGAAGCCAACGAGGAGGCAUGGAAAUUGAAAGCACUCCGCCCUGGUAAUAAUUGGGGGUGCGUCGCUAUUGACCAAACUCCCUACACGGAGGUGAAGGUGACGCCGAGGGUAACUCUGGGUGCAUCUCCCGAUGCGGUAGGAAGAGUCAAUCUGCAGCUCAAGGGUAUGGUUGAGCAAUAUCAACGUGAGGUUGACUUACUCAAGGAAAUGCGGAUUCGGGAAGUUAACGAGCGUAAAGAGUCUGAGGAGGAGGUAGAGCGCCUCAAGGAAGCAGUGGUGCGGCUCCAAACGAGUAAGAAGACAAGGGGAACGAAUCUCAAAACGAAGUUAGACGAUGCGGCCUAGCCAUCAACAAAGAAGGAUAAGGAGAAGGCAGGUGCCACUCCAGUUGUGUUGGUUAACAACAAAGACACGUUGUUGCG